AUGGGGCUGCCGGCGCUGGAGUUCAGCGAGUGCUGCCUGGACAGUCCGCAGUUCCGGGAGCGGCUGCGCUUCCACGAGGCCGAGCUGGAGAGGACCAACAAGUUCAUCAAGGAGCUCAUCAAGGACGGGAAGUCGCUCGUCGCCGCCCUCAAGAACCUGUCGGCCGCCAAGCGCAAGUUCGCGGAUUCCCUCAACGAGUUCAAGUUCCGCUGCAUUGGUGACGCUGAGACCGACGAUGAGAUCUGCAUAGCCAAGUCCCUGCAGGAGUUUGCCACGGUGCUGCGGAACCUGGAGGACGAGCGGAUGCGCAUGAUCGAGAACGCCAGCGAGGUGCUGAUCACGCCGCUGGAGAAGUUCCGCAAGGAGCAGAUUGGGGCUGCCAAGGAUGCCAAAAAGAAAUACGACAAGGAGACUGAGAAAUACUGUGGUGUCCUAGAAAAGCACUUGAACUUGUCUUCCAAGAAGAAAGAAUCCCAGCUUCAGGAGGCAGACAGCCAGGUGGACCUGGUUCGGCAGCACUUCUACGAGGUCUCCCUGGAAUAUGUCUUCAAGGUGCAGGAGGUCCAGGAGAGGAAGAUGUUUGAGUUUGUGGAACCUCUGCUGGCCUUUCUGCAGGGGCUCUUCACGUUCUACCACCACGGCUACGAGCUCGCAAAGGACUUCAGUGACUUCAAGACAGAGCUGACAAUCAGCAUCCAGAAUACUAGAAACCGCUUUGAAGGAACAAGGUCAGAGGUCGAAGCUUUGAUGAAGAAGAUGAAGGAGAAUCCCCACGAGCACAAAAACAUCAGCCCCUACGCCAUGGAGGGCUAUCUCUACGUGCAGGAGAAGCGUCACUUUGGGACUUCCUGGGUGAAGCAUUACUGCACCUACCAGAGGGAAUCCAAGCGCAUCACCAUGGUGCCCUUUGACCAGAAAUCAGGAGGGAAAGGGGGGGAAGAUGAAGCUGUCACCCUGAAAUCCUGCACCCGGCGGAAAACAGACACCAUUGAGAAGAGGUUCUGCUUUGAUGUGGAGGCUGUGGAUCGGCCCGGUGUCAUCACCAUGCAGGCGCUCUCGGAGGAGGACCGGCGGCUCUGGAUGGAGGCCAUGGACGGCCGGGAGCCGGUGUACAACUCCAACAAGGACAGCCAGAGCGAAGGCACUGCCCAGCUGGACAGCAUCGGCUUCAGCAUCAUCAAGAAGUGCAUCCACGCUGUGGAAACAAGAGGGAUCAAUGAGCAGGGGCUCUACCGGAUCGUGGGGGUGAACUCCAGGGUGCAGAAGCUGCUGAGCAUCUUGAUGGACCCCAAGACAGCCACAGAGACAGACACAGAGAUCUGUGCAGAGUGGGAGAUCAAGACCAUUACUAGUGCACUGAAAACGUACCUGAGAAUGCUCCCGGGGCCCCUGAUGAUGUACCAGUUUCAAAGGAGCUUCAUCAAAGCAGCGAAACUAGAGAAUCAGGAGUCCAGGGUGUCGGAGAUCCACAGCCUCGUUCAUCGGCUCCCGGAGAAAAACAGGCAGAUGCUGCACUUGCUCAUGAACCAUUUGGCAAAAGUUGCAGAUAAUCACAAGCAGAACCUGAUGACUGUUGCUAAUCUGGGUGUGGUGUUUGGGCCGACGCUGCUGCGACCUCAAGAGGAAACCGUGGCUGCCAUUAUGGACAUCAAAUUCCAGAACAUUGUGAUUGAGAUUUUGAUAGAAAACCAUGAGAAGAUAUUUAACACGGUGCCAGAGGCUCCGGCGUCGAACUCGCAGCUGCUGUUAUCGCGCAAGAAGAGCACGGAGUCGAAGCCUCCCUCGUGCAGCGAGCGCCCGCUGACGCUGUUCCACACGGCCCAGCCCAACGAGAAGCAGGAGAAUAGGAACAGCAUCAUCAACUCCAGCCUGGAAUCUGUCGUCUCUUCAAAUGCAAACAGCUUCCUCAACUCCAACAGCGCUCCCCAGCCCAGCCUGAACUCGAGUGAUCUUGAACUAGAAGUAAUUAAGCCCAACAGGCCAAAUUCCCUCCCUCAGAAUCCAAGCCCAACGUCACCCCUCUCACCGUCCUGGCCCAUGUUCUCUGCGCCAUCAAGUCCUAUGCCCACCUCCUCUACGUCCAGCGACUCAUCCCCCAUCAGCUCCCCUCUGCGCAAGGCCCGCGCGCUCUACGCCUGCAAAGCCGAGCACGACUCCGAGCUCUCCUUCACGGCCGGCACCGUGUUCGACAACGUUCACCCAUCCCAGGAGCCCGGCUGGCUGGAAGGGACCCUCAACGGCAAGACAGGACUGAUCCCUGAGAACUACGUGGAGUUCCUAUAACUGUGGGGUGCACAGAGCCACUGCUGAGCAUUCCAUGGUAUCCAUGGCCAGUCCUGCAGGCCCCUGUGCCCCCGUGUGACCGGGGUGAGGACAGCCCUGUGCCCGCUGUGGAUGUUCGUGUGCAUCAGACGUUGCCUCUCGCCCUGCUGGGCUCCUGGGGAGAUGGAGAGACUUCAAUGCACAUCCCAGCGAUGGAAAACCAGCCCAGGGACAGCCAAGUGCUCCGAGGGGCCGAGCUGAAGACUGGGAAUGGCUGGAGCUGCCCCAUGGGGGUUUCCUGCAGGGGGACAUUCCCAGGGAGCCCAGGGCCCCCACCCUGCAGGGUCCCACCGAGGAGGAGUCCUGCGCUCCCUGUGCUUCCCUGGAGCCCCAAGCACAGCUCUCAGUGCUGCCAGGGAGUUCUGGGCAGGCAGGGGAAGGGCAGGGGGGCUGAGCCCCCGUGGUGGCCGGCAGCCCUGGCAGGUGUCCCCUCCUCGUGCCAUCACAGUGCUGGUGGCUCUUGCUGGCAAGAGUGAGCCCCGGGUGGGCUCUGCAGAGCCCAGGGCUGGCAGGGCUCAGCUGGCACCUGCUCACUGCAGAGAGGAUGCUUUGGACCAAACCACUCAAACUCUUUUAUAUUUCCAGGAUUUUGAUUCUGUGGGGGAGCCCUCAGUCUGUGCGAGGUGAGCAGCCCGUGCUGCCCUCCUGCUGCAGCCCCAGACCAACCCCACUCCCGUUGUUUGGCUGUUUGGUACCUGCCCUUCCCAAAUCCCGCUGUACAGACACCUCGUGCUCCCAGCAGCGCCCAGGCCCUGCUGGAGCUGCCUCUGCCUCUCUCCAGCCUUGUUUUCCAGCCCCCCCUUGCUUGCAGCCUCGUCCGUGCCAAGUCUGUGCAGUGCUGGUUGUGCCAGGUGAAUUAUUUCCAUCCUUGCUGUUGGUGUGGCCAAGGUGGGGCUGUGCAGAGCCAGGAGGAGCCUUUGGCUGCCCCAGCCCAGCUCCUGCCUCCAUGGACACACCACGAGGGCUGGGCAGGGUGGGAGUGCAAACCCCUCAUUGUUCCAGGUCGUGCUGAAGUGGGAGGGUGGGAGAAGGAGCCCUGUUUGGCUGCAGAGCCGGGAUUUUGAGAGCUGGAAUCAUAUUUUAUAAAAAGAAAGUCUCAGCCCCCAGGCCGUGGAGCUGGGGAUGGAUGUCGUGGCUUUUUGUAACAGUUUUAAAGACUCUGAGUGACUGAAUUGCUGUAUGUGUCACUUUUUAUUUUUAAAAGGAUUAAUGUAUAAAUAGAGUAUCUUAAAAUAUUAUGAGGAAAA